UGUAAAGUCAGGUUGGUUAUGAGUUCUCACCUCUCCUUCUUCCUCCCUCCAUGUCCCCCUCUCUGCUUGACAGACAGACUGAGCAGUAGAGCACAGCAAACAAAUUUUUUGUGUCACGGCAACCAGGAAACCAUUCAAAGGCUGAACCUGUGCGAAUGAGAACCGAGAGGAUGCCACAAAGGGAGACUUGAGAAGAGGCAGCUAGGUUUCAGGCCCCGGCAGAGAGCAUGUACCCACCGCCGCAUGUUGAUGAGCCAGCUCUGUUGUUGACCCGGAGAACGUAGGACUUUUGUGCCGCGGAGAUAAAUGCUGCCUCAAGCACAAACCCUGAAAUGAUGGAAGGAGAAGGAGACUUUGGAGGGUCUCAGACCUUAAAAUCGAACUCCCAGACCCCUACCUGUGGAGAUCGGCGACUGCUGGACAAGAGCCUCAAAAGACUGGGAAAGCUGCACGAGCUGUGCACAAACCCUCGACUGGGCUUGAGGAACAGCCCGCCAUACCUGCCAGAUCUGGUGCGUGAGACCUCAACCCUGCUCAAACAAGUGUGGGAGCCCUACCAAAGCCCCUGGUCAACUGGGGGCCAUGUGCCCCGGGGAGACGAAGCCAAAUACCUAAGAGUCCACAUCAGAAACCUGCUGGAUAAGACGGAAAGGGCCCUGCUGCUGUUUAAAGACGGACGGGAGAAGAUAUUCGAUGAGACGUCAAGCAACAGGAGGAACCUGACCAAACUGUCCUUGCUGUUUAGCCACAUGCUGUGGGAGCUGAAGGCCAUGUUUCCUGGGGGAUUCUUUCAUGGUGACAGCUAUAAGGUGACAAAGACUGAGGCAGAGGAGUUUUGGAGGGAUUCCUUUGGCAAUCGGUGUAUAGUGCAAUGGAAUAGUUUUAAAGAGCAACUGAGAAGAGUACAUUCGUUUGAAGAAGGGAUGGAGUCCAUGGCUCUGAAAUCAACGAUCGAUCUCACCUGUAAUGAUCACGUCUCAGUGUUCGAGUUUGACAUUUUCACAAGACUGUUUCAGCCUUGGCGAUCUCUCAUAAGAAACUGGAACCAGCUAGCAGUGACCCAUCCGGGCUACAUGGCCUUCCUGACCUACGACCAGGUUAAAGCUCGGCUGGAACACUACCUGCACAGACCUGGGAGCUACAUUUUUCGUCUAAGCUGCACAAGAAUGGGUCAGUGGGCUAUUGGCCAUGUGACCAGUGAAGGGGACAUCGUCCAGACCAUCCCCCAGAACACGCCGCUCUACCAAGCGCUCAUUCAAGGAUUCAAGGAGGGCUGCUACUUGUACCCAGAUGGUCGGGAUGUGAACCCUGACUUGACAAGCUUGUGUGAACCGGCACAAAGAGGAAAAGUCUUUGUUACAGAAGAGCAGUACGAGCUUUACUGUGAGAUCGGCAGCACCUUCCAGCUGUGCAAGAUCUGUGCAGAGAGGGAUAAAGACAUUCGGAUUCAGCCCUGCGGGCAUCUCCUGUGCCAGCCCUGCCUCACAGGCUGGCAGAAGUCAGAUGGCCACACCUGCCCGUACUGUCGCUGUGACAUCAGAGGGACAGAGGCCAUCCUCAUAGAGCCCUACCUGCGGGGCAGCAUUCAGUGGGAGGACGAGGGAGAUGAUGACGGCAAUGAUGAAGACCACGAGGACAUUGAACUGGUUGUUAAGGAAUUAGCAGCCCUGAGGAAGUUCUCAAGUUUGGAGUUCCAAGCUGCGGGCCCAAGCAACAUAGCUCCACCACUUCCUCCUAAAAAUGUCCCUGCCACACACUACACAACUCCCUCCAGGCAAUCUCUGGCAUCUGACGGCAUGAUGAUGGCCAAACACACUGACUCUUUUUUGGGUCUGAGUGGAAGUGAAGCAAACAGGCACCAACCACAAGCAAGCUGUGCUGAAUUCUCCAGAGAAGCUAAUUUUCCAUCUUCCUCUCAGGGUGAAUUUGAAGUGGCGUGGAUUGGACCCGCAGUCAAAGAAAGAAAACCUAAGGGAAAGGAGGAGAGUGGAAGAAAAAGAAGAAAAGACAAAAGUAACCUUGGAGAGAUGACAAGAACUAUGUCAUCCUGAGGGGCAAGCACCAUAUGAAAGUAAAAAUCUGUAGUAAACAACAACUGGGAACUGAGAUAACUUUAUACAAGAGAUCCACCUACAAUGAAUGUAACAAUGGCUUUGAACUAACAAUUGGCAGUAAAAGACUUUGUGCCAGCUGCACUGCUAAAAAUGAGAGAUCUAGGCGGGACAGAGAAAGAACAUGAAAAAAAAAUCCCCCUUUUACCUCCUGCUGUUCAGUAAUCACAUUGUCAUUAUCUAAGCACUGAAUUCAGCACUAAUUUCUAAACAUAGUCUCACACACUGUCUACUGUGUGAUUAAAGCGUUUAAUGAGCCUCCCAGAAAAUAUAUAAAUAAGUUAAUACAAUUAAAUUAUGAGGACAGAUGAGAGAGGCUAAUUUGAUAACUAGGAUAGUUAUAUUGCUACCUCUUGUAAUGAAUAAUAUUCUCAUGAAAUGCAUGUAAAUGAAAGCCUCUGUAUGACUAGAACAAGCUGCCUUAUAUAGACCAUAGAAAUAAAUCCGAAACUGAUAUGUAUUUGGAGAUUUGUUUGACCUUGGGAUAGCUCAUUAUGAGCAUGAAAACAUGAAAACGCACGUGAAAAAUAAAUAAUUACACCAAGGGGAGGGAGGGUUUCUUAUUUCUUUUCAUUAAGGCAGUUGUGCUGACUCAAAGUAUGUGUAAAAAAAUAUGAUAAGAUUUCAGUUGAAUAACGAGAAAGAGGGGAAAAUGCAAGCAAACAAAAUAAACACAAAAAAUAUCAGUGAAAGGAGGAGAAAAAUGUGAUAUUUCAGGUCAGAGCUGUCAGAAUGAAUUCACUUCAUGGAGGAACUCACACACUUUGGUGUGGAUGCUGCUGGAGCAGCUGGGUGUGCAAACGCAGCCCCGGAUGUUAACUAUAAGAACAUAGAAAAUUCCCUGGUCGUCUCCACGAACUAAGGUUUUUAUGUUCUUAUGUUUUUCGUGUUGUAUUUCUCUCACUGAAACCACCUUCUUCACCAUCCGUGACAGUUUCCCCGUCCAGGCACAGGAAAAGGGAGUCGUCCUCAGUUUCCUAUCCUGCAGGUUAAGGGAUGGUUGCAGCUGCCUCAAUCAUGAUACAGAUAAAGGAGCUUUGGACGUUUGCUGUUACUCGAUAUCCUCAAUAUCCAAUGAAUGAGUGCGGUGUGUGUAUGAGAGAGAAAUAUGUUGGUGGAGGCUCUAAAAGAGUAGGUUUAAGUUUGACGGAUUCUCAAUCUAAGCCCAAGUUGCUCAGUUUAAGCCCCCGUUUCCUCAAGGCUCUUCUUUUAGCUUUAGGCAUUUUAACUGCUUUUUUUCAUAUUAAACACAAUGUUGAUAGAUUUUAUUCUUCCUUGUUUUGAUAGCUGUUACGUGCUGAUGAGAUAUAAUUUGCAACAGUUUAAAAAACGGUUUAAAAAACGGUUUUAAUUCAAGACCUUGUAUCUGUGACUGCUUGUUGAUAUAGAAAAAUAUUCAUCGAAACAAUCCUCAUCACAAAUAUUAUUUACAUCUGUUGUGGGAAACUUUGACUGCAGCAUUGUUUUUGGAGAGAACAGAUGGACUAAAACCAGGCACUAAAACCAGGUAUUUUGGGAGAAAUUAAUCUGUCUUGAUUGUGAAUAUUGAGCAAUGUAAGUUGGUUUAUUUUGAAAUGCACAAUAAAGUUUUCUUGAAAACA